CCCUCAAAGGUGACGAAUGAUCUGGCGCAGUGAAUGUGUCACGCACUGUGGUGGAGCUGAGGACACCACUGUCCGGAGCCUUAUACUGGUCCCAGCAUUACUUCCGGUUCAAGAUGCCCAUCAUGGCGGAUCAGAGGAUGGAUGUUGAUGUAGCAACUAAUCAUGAGGGAAUCAAACAGUACUACAUCAGUAAAAUUGAAGAGCUGCAACUUGUGGUCACUGAAAAGACCCAGAACUUAAGACGAUUAGAAGCACAGAGAAAUGAAUUGAAUGCAAAAGUGAGGAUGUUGAGAGAGGAGUUGCAGCUGCUGCAAGAACAGGGAUCAUAUGUUGGAGAAGUAGUUAAGCCUAUGGACAAGAAGAAGGUGCUUGUGAAGGUUCAUCCAGAAGGAAAGUUUGUUGUUGAUUUAGACAAGAACAUAGACAUCAAUACUGUCACACCUAAUUGUAGAGUUGCUCUCAGAAAUGACAGUUAUGUUCUCCACAAGAUCUUGCCAAACAAGGUUGAUCCAUUAGUGAGUCUGAUGAUGGUGGAGAAGGUUCCAGACUCUACUUACGAGAUGGUCGGAGGUCUGGACAAGCAGAUAAAAGAGAUCAAGGAAGUUAUUGAACUCCCUGUUAAACACCCAGAGCUGUUCGAAGCCCUUGGUAUAGCUCAACCCAAGGGAGUACUGUUGUAUGGGCCUCCUGGAACAGGCAAGACUCUUCUGGCCCGAGCUGUGGCCCAUCACACUGAAUGUACUUUCAUCAGAGUGUCUGGUUCAGAACUUGUACAGAAGUUUAUUGGCGAGGGCUCAAGGAUGGUUAGAGAGCUCUUCGUCAUGGCAAGGGAACAUGCACCCUCUAUUAUCUUCAUGGACGAGAUUGACUCAAUUGGAUCAUCGCGUUUGGAAGGUGGCUCCGGAGGUGACAGUGAGGUGCAAAGGACUAUGCUGGAGCUACUUAAUCAGUUGGAUGGUUUUGAACCGAAGCAAAACAUCAAAGUUAUUAUGGCCACCAACAGAAUUGACAUCCUUGACUCAGCUUUACUACGUCCGGGACGGAUAGACAGAAAGAUAGAAUUUCCCCCACCCAACGAGGAGGCUCGUCUAGACAUCCUGAAAAUCCACUCAAGAAAAAUGAACCUGACCCGGGGCAUCAAUUUACGCAAAAUUGCUGAAAUGAUGCCAGGUGCAUCAGGUGCUGAAGUUAAGGGUGUAUGUACAGAGGCAGGGAUGUAUGCCUUGAGGGAGAGGAGAGUGCACGUCACACAGGAAGACUUUGAACUGGCUGUAGCAAAGAUCAUGUUGAAGGAUGCAGAGAAAAACAUUUCAAUUAAGAAACAGUGGAAGUAAUUCUCUGCGACAUGAAGAGACCGGAGUGUCACAUGCAUGGAAAACAAAUUUGAGAAUUGUUGUUUCCAAGCACUGUGCUUAUUUAAGCAAAACACCAUAUGUAGUAUGCAUGUCAUGUUUGAAGUCAGUCAGUUAUGUUCAUCGACAUCAUUUUGUAUAAUAUGUGACCUUGCAGUUGAUUCCGCUGGCUGGCUUGACAUGCCCAUGUUUAUGGUGAUUUUCUGUCAUCAGAAUGUUGUUUCUAUCUCAGAAAUAAAAGGUAUAUGUACA